AAAACUGAUGCUGACUGGACAUGAGGACAUCCUAGAAGGGGGAGUAGCCACUUCCCCUAUUGGAUGGUCACGUGAAUUAAAACUUGUACACAGCUGAUCGUGGCGUCACUCAUCAACAUGGCGGACUGGAAUAGAGGUCAUGGCUCUGUGGACGACAUGCUGGAUGCUGAAAACAAGCGGCUGGCUGAGAACCUGGCCACCAAAGUCUCCAGACUGAAAUCUCUUGCGUACGACAUUGACAGAGAGGCUGAUGAUCAGAACGAGUACCUGGACGGCAUGGACUCAAACUUCCUGAGUGCGACGGGCCUGCUGAGCGGCAGCGUGAAGCGUUUCUCCACUAUGGUCCGGUCCGGCAGAGACAACCGCCGCAUCCUCUGCUACGUCUCUGUGGGCCUAGUCCUGGUCUUCUUCCUGCUUUACUACCUGGUCUCCAGGAUUCAACGCUGAUAGGAAAACCAGAUCAGCCAGGAGCUGGUCCUUAUGUGGAGCUGAGACUGUAGACUCUCACGUCAUAUGUGAUAGGUUUAAAUCAUCUCUGAGGUUCUCGUGCACAGGAAAGCAAAAACGUGACAAAACAAAAAGGAAGUAGACUGAAAACAUUUUGUUGAAUCCUUGAACUGCCCAGCAGGAGGUGUCGACCAGCUCACCGGGGGAAAUGGUAGUGGGCGUGGUCAUACCGAAGAUGCUGGUGCCUAUAAAAAAACAAAACAACAUCCCUGGACUUUGACGCUUUUCCACUGGGCACCACUUUUUGUCCCUUCCUGCUGCAGCCAGGAAGUCCUAAUAUCGUGAGAAGGUGGAGCCUGAAUGCAGCUCAGGUGGGAGUGGCACCCACCACAGCUGAGUGUGAUAGGCUAAUGAACCUGUCAGUCAAGACAAUCUUGCCCCAAAACAAAAGUUUCAUUAAAGUGUAGCUGUGUCUCAGUUCCAGACUACACAAUAAUUUUAAAGCAGGUUAUGAGUUGUAACUAGUCUGUUCAAACUGCAAAAGUGACAAAAUUACUCAAAAAUAUAUAUAUGACAGACUAAAAACAGAUUUUUGAGUGUGCUGUUGAUGUACACUAUUGUCUCAUAUAUCAAUGCAUGAAGGAAUGACUCACAGCUGCAAAAAAUCUAAAGUGCAAGUUUGGUAGUGAGACAGCCACAAAAAGGUCAAAGGGGAAAAAAGGUUUGGUUGGCGUGCAUAUUUUAUUAUUUCUUGUCAGAACAAAACAGAAGUUUUUAAAGAUCUUUUUUUAAAACACCAUUAUUUGGCAAUUAAUAUAUAAUAUGCACUGUCUGACAAUUUGUAUGGAUUGUGGAAUUGGGACACAGCAGGUGACAAUCUGCUGGUGAGAGCAGGAAGUGACACCACCUUCUGCUAUUGACAUCUUAAUGAAGUAUGUUAACAAACGUACGUGUUAGCAGAUAGCUCUUGUUAGCAUCUAAUGACAUUUUAUUGCAGUUGAUUGACAUGAGACAAAGCUACAGGUAAAUACUCACACCACAUACUGUAGCAUGAUUAUAUUUUUUUUUUCUAAGAAAUUUUUUUUAAACGUGUGUUCAGUUGUGUGUUACUUUAGUUUGAUGAGCAGGUUUUGUGUGUAUUUGCGGUUAAGCCCAUUUCCUUCUAAUAAUUAAUAUUAAAUGUUGGGACCUGUUCUGUUUAUAGUUUACAUGGACAUUUUGUAUAAUUAUAUAUAGUUUGUCUUUUUUAUUCCACAUUCAGUCAGUCAGUGUCUGCACAGCAGAUCCCUGCUAAAAGAGACUGGGGGAGAUUUAAGAGGGUUAAAAGUGUUCUUUAUGUUUACAUUCCAGCUGUCAGGACUGCUAAUCAGCCACAGUCAAAAUUAUUAUUAAUACACAUGCAAUAAAUCGUUUUAAUUGUG